UAUAAUGAAAUAGCUCUGCACAUGCGGUGGCUAGCCUGCAGCGUGCGUUCGGUGCCGGUGUACAGCACUUCGUUCCCGUUGCAGUUGUAGGUGUAAGCAUGCUGUAAGCUACCUCUUACGUUGUAGGUGUAUCGCUCCAAGUGGAAAUGCCCCUGCGCCCCCUCGUACAGCCUCGAGUGUCUUCUUGGAGACGAAUGUAACUUCUUAUGAGGACCAGACCUCCAUGCUAAGGUCGAUUUGGCGUGCUUCCGAUGGCAUCGAAGCCAAACAUUGUGCGCGGCAAGCAUGGCCCGCUUGUUGGUGCCAUUGAUCAAGGAACAAGCAGCACUAGAUUUCUGGUUUUCGCGAGCAAGACAUCUGAACUCAUUGCCUACCAUCAAACAGAAAUACAGCACGUUCUUCCAAAUGAUGGAUGGGUGGAAGAGGACCCAUACGAAAUCGUCAAGUCUGUCCAUGAAUGUAUAGAAAAAACUGUUGAUAAACUGAAAGCCCUUGAGAUUGACCAUCGGGAUAUAAUAGCACUUGGAGUCGCCAAUCAGAGGGAGACAACAAUUGUUUGGGACAAAAAAACUGGCAGACCUCUGUACAAUGCUAUUGUGUGGUUGGAUAACAGGACGAUGGGUACUGUUGAAACCUUACUGUCAAAAAUCCCAGGUCAUGAUAAGAACUAUCUUAAGAAAAAAUGUGGGCUACCUUUGAGCACGUACUUCAGUGCGGUUAAGCUAAAGUGGCUCAUGGACAAUGUUCCUGAUGUAAAAGCUGCGAUGGAACAAGGGCGCUGCAUGUUUGGCACUGUAGACUCGUGGCUAAUAUAUAACUUCACAGGAGGGACCAAUGGUGGUGUUCACAUCACUGACGUGACAAAUGCUAGUCGAACAAUGCUCAUGGAUAUUGAAACACUCCAGUGGGAUAACUUUCUUUGCAAGUUUUUCGGGGUACCGAUGUCGAUACUUCCCAAGAUUCACAGCUCUUCAGAAAUCUAUGGGAAAAUGUGUGAAGGUCCACUUCUUGGCGUUCCUAUUUCGGGGUGUCUCGGAGACCAAAGUGCAGCACUCGUGGGUCAGCUGUGUUUUGACAUAGGUGAAGCAAAAUGCACAUAUGGCACUGGAUGCUUCCUCUUGUGUAACACUGGCCUGGAGACUGGCUUGCAGAUUGUGCAGUCCACUCAUGGUCUGCUCACGACUGUUGCCUACAAGCUGGGACCCAAUCGUCCUGUCCAGUAUGCUGUUGAGGGAUCUGUGGCUAUUGCGGGGGCUGCUGUUCGGUGGCUGAGGGACAACCUAGGCCUCAUCAGCAGCAGCAGUGAAAUCGAAAAAGUGGCCCGUACAGUAGGCAGCACACACGGCGUGUACUUUGUCCCAGCUUUUUCGGGCCUGUAUGCACCUUACUGGGAACCCGAUGCCCGAGGAAUCAUAUGCGGCCUCACGCAGUUCACAACUCGAGCACACAUUGCCAGGGCUGCCCUGGAAGCUGUCUGCUUUCAGGUGCGGGAUAUUUUGGAUUCAAUGGAUCGCGACUCAGGAACCCGACUGAAGCAACUUUUGGUCGAUGGUGGCAUGGCAGUCAACGACUUGCUUAUGCAGCUUCAAGCUGACCUGCUUGGCAUUCCUGUUGUGCGACCCCAAAUGGCAGAAACAACUGCACUUGGUGCGGCCAUUGCUGCUGGGGCAGCCGCUGGCAUUAAUGUGUGGAGCCUGGACAGCCGCAGCUUUCCCAAGAUUACGACUGAUGUUUUCGAACCAUCUAUACUUCCUGCAGAGCGCGAACAGCGUUUUUCAAAAUGGAAAGAUGCUGUUUCUCGUUCGAAGCACUGGCAAGAAGUAAACCCUGAAGAAGUGAAACGGAAGCAGCAAGGCAAAAAUUGGUGGCUGAUGUCAUCCAUUCCUGCAGGGAUCUUUGUUACCUCAUCAUUUGCGACUCUCUUGUUGGCAAAAAGCCUGUGCAAAACUUCCAAACUAAGUUGAAGCCGAGUUAUGGGAGAGUUCCUUACCUUGUCUAGUUAAGCAUAUUGCAUUUGUAGGAGCGGGAUGAUGCAUUUUCGACAUCGGUAGCAUGACUGGCGUUCCCGGUGAUGAUGUACAAACAUUUCUCGUCUCACAAGCAAAGUGGUUGCAUUAUGUUUACUGUUGUUUGCUUUUUAUUUUUUCUCGAUCCUCUCGUCUUUUAGGGCAGCCAUUGUUUUAGUGUGAGUAAGGUUAGAUGGUACAAUUUGUGAUUGAGCAGCAUAAGAAAACAUUUUAAAGGCUUGCUUGAUUGCAACAACUGUUUCUGCUUUUCUUGUUAUGCUUUUGUUCUAUUUGUUUCUGUGUGUGUGUGCCCCACUUCCAUCAAACCAACAGACUGUAGCUGUCUUAUAAAGCCUCAAGUGACCUUCUAAGCUGUGAUAUGACAGUUGCGUAUGUUAUUUACGGUACUGCUCACUUUAAGUGCAUUGAUAUUUUUUUCUUGAAUUUAAGUAAAGGUGUGCUAGGUAAUGUAGGGAGUAGGAGGACCAGGAUCUUAGGAGCAUGUGAUUUAUCUUUUCGGUGAUCCACUAUGGCAUCAGUGCUUUGUUUGGUUGUUUUGAGAUUGUUGUAUUCCCUCUUUACUCACAGCCUUUCACAAAACUUACUGCAAAUAAACAUUCUAGUGUUUUAUUUAGAA